AUCAAUCGAAGAGUUUUAAUUACAAUUCUAGUUUGUUGUUGCGGCUCUUUAUUCACUCUGUUUCUUCUGUAGAUAAGUUUUUACUCUUGAUCUUUAUAUUAUUUCUUGUCUUUCAGUUAACAAUGGUAAAUAAAAGUGUAACCAAAGUACCAACUGAUCAACAGCAAAAUCAAUAUUCCAAAUUGAUUGAUGGUCAAUUCCCAUCAGAAAAUGUUCUACAAACGCUGGUAAAUAUUCGAGAUUUUGAAAUUGAAGCUAAAAAACGUAUUUCAAAAAAUGCUUGGGGUUAUUAUAAAUCAGGUGCUAAUUAUGAGAUUACACUGAAGGAGAAUGAAAAUGCUUUCAAUAGACUUCGAUUGAGGCCAAGAUUUUUCAAUAAAGAUGUAAGUCAUGUCAAUCUACAGACAAAGGUAUUUGGUCAAAAAAUUGCUUUUCCUAUUGGUGUUUCACCAACGGCAAUGCAAAGAAUGGCUAAUCCAAUCGGGGAAAUAGGAACAGCUCGAGCUUGUCAAAAAAUGGGAACCAUUUACACAAUGUCUACAUUGGCAACUUGGUCAGUGGAAGAUAUUGGUCGGGAAGCACCGAAUGGUAUCAAAUGGCUCCAAUUGUAUAUCUAUAAAAAUCGAGAAGCUAGUUUGAAUUUGGUUCGUCGAGCUGAGUCCGCUGGAUUUACAGCUUUAGUGGUUACUGUUGAUUUACCCAUAACAGGACAAAGAUAUGAUGAUAUGAGAAAUCAAUUUGUAUUACCAGAGCCUUACAAAUUAGCCAAUUUACCCGGUGACUUGUCUGUAAUGGGAGACAAAAAAGACGGUUCAGGAUUACAAAACUAUGUAAGCGAUGCGUUUGAUGCUUCUUUAACUUGGAAAGAUGUUGAAUGGUUCAAGAAUCAAACAAGUCUUCCAUUAAUCGUGAAAGGUAUUCUGACGGCAGAAGAUGCUAUUUUGGCUGUUGCUCAUGGCGCAAAAGGAAUUGUUGUUUCAAACCAUGGAGCUCGUCAAUUGGACACUGUCCCAACAUCAAUUGAGGUCUUACCAGAAAUUGUUCGUGCCGUUGGAAAUAAAGCGGAAAUCUUUCUUGACGGUGGGAUAAGAAGUGGAACUGAUGUACUUAAAGCUUUGGCUUUGGGUGCAAAAAUGGUAUUCGUUGGUAGACCUGCAAUUUGGGGUCUCGCGUGUGGAGGUGAAUCAGGCGUUGUCAAAGUACUGGAUUUACUGAAGAAGGAAUUGGAAAUCGCAAUGGCUUUAUCGGGCUGUUCAACUCUUGAAGAUGUCACAUCCGCAUUAGUUUGUCGUUCUGAUUCAUUUUGGUCGCAUUUGUAAGCUUAUAAUGACGUUAAUUAUAAAUUACAUCGGGAUAUGUAAUAACUUUCUUUAAAUAAAAAUAUCCAAGAGGGGGUAAUUAUAUUAAUAAA